CCCUCUCCCUGGCAGCGGAGGGCGCGCAGUUGUGGCCGUGCGCGGAGCCGAGCGGAGCUCCGGGUGGGGAACGGGAUGAGCGAGUUACGGCAGCGGGUGUGUGGGGAUCGGGAGCACGAACAUGAACGUGAACAUGAGGAGAAGUUGCAGGAGUCAGAAUCUGAGAACAAGCUGGAUGGAGAGACAGCAUCAGACAGCGAAAGCAAGUCUGAAUUUGGAGGAUCACCCCCAGUGCCAACAUCGGAUGACACUCCAGAGGUCCUGAACAGAGCUCUCUCCAACCUGUCCUCAAGAUGGAAGAAUUGGUGGGUAAGAGGCAUCCUCACCCUUGCAAUGAUCACAUUCUUCUUCAUCAUCAUCUACCUGGGACCCAUGGUCUUAAUGACAAUAGUAAUGUGUGUCCAGAUCAAAUGUUUCCAUGAGAUUAUCACUAUUGGCUAUAAUGUGUAUCACUCAUAUGACCUGCCCUGGUUCAGGACACUCAGCUGGUACUUCUUACUCUGUGUUAACUACUUUUUCUAUGGUGAGACUGUGACAGAUUAUUUCUUCACCCUGGUUCAGAGGGAGGAGCCCCUACGAAUUCUCAGCAAAUACCAUCGCUUCAUUUCUUUCGCCCUCUACUUAACAGGUUUCUGCAUGUUUGUCUUGAGCCUGGUGAAGAAGCACUAUCGCCUCCAGUUCUACAUGUUUGGAUGGACCCAUGUGACGUUGCUAAUUGUUGUUACCCAGUCGCACCUCAUCAUUCACAACCUGUUUGAAGGAAUGAUAUGGUUCAUUGUCCCGAUCUCCUGUGUGAUCUGCAAUGACAUCAUGGCAUACAUGUUUGGCUUCUUCUUUGGCCGCACCCCACUAAUCAAGCUGUCCCCAAAGAAGACCUGGGAGGGUUUUAUUGGAGGGUUUUUUGCCACCGUUUUGUUUGGGUUACUGCUGUCCUAUGUGAUGUCUGGGUACCGGUGCUUCACUUGUCCAGUGGAGUUCAACAAUGACACCAACAGCUUCACAGUGGACUGUGAACCAUCAGAGCUAUUCCAGCUACAGGAGUACAACAUCCCCCCGGUGCUGCAGUCUGUGGUGGGCUGGAAGACAGUCCGGAUGUACCCCUUCCAAAUCCACAGCAUUGCAUUGUCUACUUUUGCCUCCCUUAUCGGGCCAUUUGGUGGCUUCUUUGCUAGUGGAUUUAAGAGAGCCUUCAAAAUUAAGGACUUUGCCAACACAAUUCCAGGGCAUGGAGGUAUCAUGGAUCGCUUUGACUGUCAGUAUCUGAUGGCUACCUUUGUGAACGUGUACAUUGCAAGCUUUAUCAGGGGUCCUAACCCAAGCAAACUGAUCCAGCAGUUCUUAACCUUGAGGCCAGACCAGCAGCUGCACAUCUUCAACACGCUAAAAGCACACCUGCUUGACAAGGGAGUGUUAGUUGGCUCAGAGGACGCAUAGACAGCCAUGUGAUUUGGAACAGGACUGAAAACAGACAAGCCUCCCCACGGAAAUUCCUGGCUUGCCUGAUUUAAGACAAUAACAAGGCCUCAUUUCACUGUAACUUUUCUUCCUUUCUUGGUAAAUGUCUGCAUUUGUGUUGGUUUUUCUUUUUUUUUUUUUUGAUAUAUAAUAUAUUUAUAUAGCUUCGGUUCAAAUGAGCAAAUCUGAAUUUGUAGCUGGAAAGGAAUGAAGAAUUGGAAGGAGUUGGGUGAAGUCAGAGGUUACAACUGUCCUUGUGGUCAGUUCUCAAUCACUGAUGCAGACGUGGGUAGAGCUGAACUUUUCCUGUGAGUGCUUUUAUGCAGGGAAUACACAACUGUACUGUCCGUACAGCUGGCUCUGCCUAUGGGAGCCAUGAAGAUGAAGCCAUACAGCACCCCUGGGUGCUGUGCCAGGCUGUGUUUGUGGUGGCAGCUCUGGAGACCUUAAUUUUCUCCAGUGGUAACUGUGAAUGUUCACUUUCCUAGGAGGUCACAUACACACAUGCCUGUGUGCAGCCCCUUGGAGAUUCUGCACAGCAAGCACAAGGCUCAAUUAGUUGGAAGAGGACCUUGUACUAACCCAGCAAUAGUUCCUCUGCCCAGUUGGGCAUGUGUCUCUAUUGUCACUUGCUGUUUCUGCCAGUGCUUCCCACAUUCUCCUCUUCUAGCUGAUAUUUUGGCUAAUAAGAUCUUUUUUUAACCUAUGAAAUAGGAAAUUAACCAGGGAAGAAUUGAGAAGCUGGUAGUUGCUUGUGGGAACAUGGGAGGUUCAGAUUGCUUCAAAACUGCAUCAAGUAAAAAGGUUUUAAAGAACAUCUAAGUUUCAUUGAGUAAAUCCUGCCAAGUAAAAACAACCUUGUAAAUAACCUGGUUCCCAUUUCCUCACUCAAAUAACCUUUAAGAGACAUCAAACCACGCUUUUCUUUGUCUUUUCCAUUUCUUGAUGGUUGGAAAGCCUACACUGGGAUAUUAUACCCAGCUUGGAGAGCAGUUUCCAACUUGGUUUUGUUUCUGAAACAUGCAGGUUGGGGCUCCAGCAUCACACAGGUGCUGUCAGCUGGGUAUUGCAUUUUUCUUUCAGGGAUCAUGGCUGUCACCUGUUUGUUACUUGAGUUCUACAUGUUGUGCUGCUGAGUUUUCCCACGGUCUGUGUUGCAUUUCAGUCUGGGUUCAUUUACCUGCAGGCUUCUGUCCUGCUUUGCUUGCUGAAUCUUGUCACCAAUAGGUUGCACUUAAUAGCUGGUGGUUUUAUCAAGCUGUUUUCCUUUAUUUUGUCAUACUUUUUAACUAUUUUAACGAGCCCUAAAGGUUGCACAACUUAUUUGCUCUUUUAGUGACCACAUAGUGAGAUUAUCCCCGACUUAUUCUAGGUUUUAUGCAAUGUUCUCAUGGAGAUUUUACUUCUUCUCAUAAUUUGUGCACAAGAGAGAGAAAAACUUUUCCUUAUUUUAACCCAGGGAGCAAAUGUCAGGGAAAGAUAAUACAGAAAUACGUUGUUUUCAAAUGAUUGCUGUCAUAAACCUUAUACACAGACACUCCCCCCCCUUCACAUGGAGACUUUACAUGCUGCAAACCAGCAAAGCAUCAGCAGGAAGUAAAACACCUGCAGCUUUUUCAUAUUCUCCAUAUUCUGAUUCUGCUCUUGCUUUCAUCCACCCUAAUAGAGUGGACAGGAGAGCACAAGUGUGCUUGUGUAAAUACAUGAGUAGAUCCCAGUCUUUCUCUUCUUUCUCUACAACUCUGUGUUGUAUAUUCUGCUUUAUCUCCCUAAACAGGAGCUGUGGGGCAGAAGUGUGUGCCCGUUGCACUGCAAAUACAGGUGUUGGUCAAGAGAAUGCACUGUAUAGAAGUAACAUCUAAUGGCAAGGCUCAGGGCUGCUCUAUGGGAUCAAUUCAGGAUUGUGUUUCAUUAACACCAACAGUAGAGAUGCUUUCUUGGAUCAGUUGUGGAGCCUGAUCUUAUCCAGCCUGAAUCAGGCAGGGAUUUAUUUAGUGUUGGCUCAGAGGAUGUUGUUCCAAGCCCUGCAUUAGAAAAGCAGAGGGGAGAAUGAAAAUGCUUCCAUCUUGCUUUGCACAGAGAAGAUAUUCGGGCAGCGUUUUGCUAUGAUUUAUCUGAAUUCAGGUAGGCCAGGUGAGGGCUCUUGAACUGGGAAUAGAUUUGGAAGCAACAGGGUGUUGUGUAGUCCCUGAAAGCAGCUUUCCCUGUGGUUAGAUGAGCUGGUGCUCUCCUGGAUUCUCACUUACACCUGCCCAAACCCCUUAUACUGUGCUAUUGGGGCCGAAGUAUGUCCUCAGAGGAAGCUACAGUGUUGAUAGAUACAACAAAAGCUUACUGCUCUUUAUAACCAUGCGUUUAUCACACAGGUCUCUAGUCUCCUGCUCAAACCUUUCGCCCUUCUUUAGUUGUAAUUAGCGGGGCAAAAACAAACCCUAACCUUUGUGCAUGCUUUUGAUUUGAAGUAGCAUUCGGGCUUUAUUCGUGGUGCAGUGCUGCGUGUGGACGCUGGAGGGCAAAGCAGCCGCAUUCAUGGGCUGUGUUGUGCUAUGAGAAGCAGCAUUGAUGCCUGUGGGUGACUUUCUGCUGAGCUCGCAGCUUCCUUCUUCCUUCCUCCCCAGCAGUGCAGAGAAGGGCGAGCUUAAAGCUACAUGGAAAUGGUGCGCUCAGGUUUAGUUGUAAUCGAAUAGGACUGCUGCAUUCAUAUGGGAAAUAGAGGAGGAAAUGGGAGGAGAGCUCUUCUCACUGCUUUAAGCCUUGCAGGAGCUUAGCCUUGCUGCCAGGACUGUAGCUUUGGAGGCCACAUAGACACUGGGUAAGGCAGUGCGUGAUCCUUAUGUGGUUUUCCAUCUGCAGGACUCAAGCUUGGGCAUUGCACAGUCGUUUUGCUCUCAUUGAGCUCCAUAGCUGGAGCUGUUCCUCCUCUUGAGCAGCAGAGCAGCGAGGCUGAACUCUAAGCAUCCAUUGUGGUUAUCUAGGGUAGAGGAUCGGAUGCUGGUGUGCCCUGCAGCAUUGAUGGGCUGAGUGGUUGAGCACUGAGUGGGUUUGGGUGAGAAUUUGCUUCUCUGAGCCUGGCUGUGGGUGUUACAUCCUGUACCCACCUCUGUGUGCUGUUUAGGCCUUGGUGGUGAUGGGCUCUGGAACUUACUGAUGCUGACAUGGAGGGGUCUUUAUGUGGCUCACAAAGCUGCAGAUCCCACAGCAUCAGCCAGCACUUGGUGCCAGAUUGGGGACUGCCAGUGUCAGAGAUGUCCAGGUGUGUUCUGAUGGCAAUGCAUGUCCCCAUCCCUCCUCUGCCCACUCAGUCCUAUAGGAAGAAGGCAGAGCCCUGUGGAACCAUCCCUACACCUCAUCCAGACCUCUCUGCCUCACAGACAGCAUCAUAUGAAGGCCCCCUUGGUUCUGCCCUCUGUACCCAUCCCCAGCUGCAUUCUGUGUUCCUGUAGUGGUUGUAGGCUCCUAUUCUCCAGACCUGACCUGGCCAUUCCUCCAUCUGCUUCUUUCUCUGUGCAUCGUUCUUUCAGUUCAUGUUUUAGCUACACAUGUAGAGUUGCCUUUCUUUGACAGGAUGUCCGAAUGUGAUAUAUUGUAUAUUUUAAAGUAUUUACCCUAUUUAUAUACUAUAUGUUACUGUUAAAUAAAUAUAAGUUCCAUUGUC